AUGUCGUCAUGCCAAAACGUGAAGCUGAGUCGUAGUCGAGGAGGAAUUCAACAGAAUACUCCACCGGAGGAAGAUGUGAGAGUGAGUUCGGACAAAUGCGUGAAGAACCUGUCUGAUAGAGAACUCACAGGGCCGGAGAUGGAGGUUUUGGCCAAAGGUCUGAACUAUGCAGUAACACCGGAUCACAUCCCGGUGGUAGAUAUGAUCACUGCAACUGAAUCAGCUAUCCGGAACAAUAAUAUCUCUGAGGAGGAGGCUGAACAGCUCCGCGCUCAGGUUUCCAUGUUUCUUCUAAAAGCCAAAUCCCCUCCACCCAAUCUCAGUAAACAGGAAAAAAGGGCCCUGACAUCUCUAAGCAAGGAUAUUAACAUCAUUAUCUUGCCAGCGGACAAGGGGAGAUGUACAGUGGUGCUAAAUGCAGAUGACUAUCAUUCCAGGGUGACCACCCUGUUGAGCGAUCACAACACAUAUGAAACUCUUAAGAGAGACCCCACCAGCAAAUACAAGAAACAAGUGAUUAAUUGUCUACAGUCAUUGAAAAAACAAGGAGUGAUAGACCGCAAGAUAUACUACCACUUGUAUCCAGGAGACACCACACCUUGUUUGUAUGGUUUACCAAAGAUACAUAAGGACAAUUACCCCCUCAGACCAAUUGUCAGUAGUAUAAAUUCAGUUACAUAUAACAUUGCUAAAUACCUGGCCACUGUACUAGCCCCACUGGUUGGUAAUACUCCAUACCAUGUAAAUAAUUCUAUGGAUUUUGUGGACAAAAUCAGGGGAUUGUCAUUGCAGGGUGAUGAAACCAUGGUGUCAUACGAUGUGACAUCCCUGUUCACAUGUGUGCCAAUAGUAUUGGUGGUUGAGACAGUCAGGAGUCGUUUGAGUCAUGACCCCAUGUUAAGGGAGAGAACACAGCUCAACCCGGACCAGGUGAGCACUUUGUUGGAGUUAUGUUUGAAUACCACCUACUUUAAAUAUAAAGAUGUCUUUUAUAGACAGGAACAUAGUUGUGCUAUGGGCUCCCCUGUGUCUCCCAUUGUGGCCAACCUCUAUAUGGAGGAAGUAGAGAGUAAGGCAUUGGAGGCUUACAGUGGAACCCGUCCAACUCACUGGUUUAGGUAUGUGGAUGACACAUGGGUGAAGAACAAGAUCAAUGAAGUUGGCCCCUUCACUGAUCACAUCAAUUCUGUGGAUGAUUACAUCAAGUUCACAUGCUCUCAAUCUGAGCUAUCCAAAAGAAGUAAAGAACACUCUUGA